UUCUUAAUAUAGUGGUGUACAACCACUUGAAGCGGGAUUUCCAAAACAAGAGUCUGGAGGGAAGCAGUUUUAUUUUUUGGCCCUUACUUGUAAAGAAUCCAACAGAACAUAGAAGUAAUGUUCAAAAAGCAGAAAUUGAUAAAAAGCGCUGAAAGAGGAAAGGUAAAGCAGCAUGGAGACGAGUUGAACAAAAAACAGAGUCCUAAAUUAGCAGCUGAAAUGGAGUCUGUCCGUAUAACAAGAUCCUCUCCACAGGUAGCAGCCACCACACCGUCAUCAUUGUACGAUUUUAUGGGAGAAUCGCCUCUUAGCGACAGCAGUAAAAACAACAGUAAGAAGCAAGUUGUGUCUAAAUCCGACGAGAAAAAAAAGGUAAAGAAAACAACUGCUAAAGGGAAAAGUACAAAAACAAAGCAGGUGAGCAGUGACAAAAUUAAAUUGAAAGCUGGCAGUACGAAAACAGCAGAUGCUGUUUCCAAAGCAACGGUGACACCUAAAGGAAGAUCUUCAAAAGUUAUUAUCUCAAUACAAAAUGCAAAUGUUGAGCAGCAGAAAGAACCAAAGCAGGGAAAUAGUCGAUUCAGGGCAUUGAAGCCCAUUCCUCAACCAAAUUUGGAUGAUAUCUCACCAAUUAUUCGCGAUAGAAAAUCAAAAACGCCAACGCGAACGAAAAGAUCUAGUGACUCUAAAACAGUUGAAAAUGACUCUGUUGAAAGAAAGAAACUUAGAUCCUCCACUAAUGGCACUGAAAGUAAGUUUUCUGGAAGUGUUUCAUAUAUGGAGGCAGAAGAGAGCAGUUCUUCUAACGAUAGUGCAAUCUUUGUGUCACCCAGACAGACCAUGCCUAGAUUUAAUGCGGCUAAAACUUCAACCCCAGCUGAGGUUUCUGGUAAAAGUAAAAAAUUGGCAACGAAAAAGGUCUCUAAACAUGCAGCAAAAAAUACAUCAACACCUAACGAGUUUAAACCGAAGAAAAAUUUCACGGGACUAAAAGAGAACAUUGCAAAGCUGUCGCCUGUUCAACGAUUAGAUACGCCAACAUCUGACUAUGGUUCCAUGGAAAUAAUCCCUUCACCCAGUCCUAAAAAAGUAAGCAGAAGAAAAAGAGAAAGCUCUCCAGCCUUUACUUUAGAUGAAGAUGAUUCAGGUGAAAAUAUCAACCUUAAUAAAUCAGUUGACAAGUCCUAUAAGAGAUCCAAGAAGAAGUUUGAAACUGGUUAUGACAGGUUAUCAACUUCAAAGAUUGAUGAGUGGGCAGACAAAGUCAACUCUGAAUUGGAGGACAUUGAAAAUUUUGAGCUAAGUGUGGAAGGAUAAAGAUUGUAUUGUGUCAAAGAUUGACUGUCACUUAUAAAUAAGCAUUCUCAAGUUCAGCGUUGUUCAGCAGCGGAUGUAUGAAGAUUUCUACAAUGUCAAAAAUGGCAGAAACUUUAAGGGUGUGCAAUAUUGUACAAUAUACAGCAUACAGAGGUUUUAAUAGUGUCAACUUGUAAAGAGUAUGACAUUGUAUAACAGAUGUUUACUGCGAGUAAACGUUGGUAUUUUACAGCGUUUUGGACAUAAUCAAGUUAAUGUCUGUUAUAAUUAUGAAUGAAUAUUACAUGUAGUUUGGAUAAAUCAUUUUUUUUUGUUGAUAUUUUUGAAGUCCUAUGAUUUUAAUAGACUUUUAUCUGUUUUAUUGGCGACACAAAUGAAUUAACUUAAAUAGGCAGAUUUUUUAUAUGAAAGAUGGUUAAAGAUAUACUAUGCUUUUUCCUUUUAUAAGGUAAAAUACUUUUAUCACAGAAAUUUAUUGAAAUCUAGAAAUACUGAAUUGAAUUUGUUUUAAUUUGAAUAAGAAAAUACACAAACUAUGUUUGGGCAGCUGUAUUUCUUUUUACUGGUCACAUAAUCGUAUACAGAUGAUCUUUUCUUAAAACUGUCUUUUGUGUUUACCUUUAGUGUGUAGAGUCUGGGACUUUUUCUCCCAGGUAGAUUUUAAAUUGUAAUAUAUUUUCUCUGUAUGUACUCAAAAGUUGUUUAUUUUAUUUAUUUAAAAAAGAGACUAUCAAUAUUUUUAAAUGUCAGAUUUGAGACUUGACAUGAAAAAAAAAUCUAUAUACAAAAAUCAGUAGAUAUGAGACUCAUAAAUGAACUUUGUAUAUAUGAAUUCUG